AUGCCAGACUUCAAUGUGGAGGACAAUCUGAUUUGGAAAAGCAAUUCUAAUGGUGUCUUAAGUUUCAAAACUGCAUACAACAUUGUUGUUAAACCUUCCCCUUCUAUGUUCUGGUCUAAUUUUCCAUGGGACAAGGCUUCUCCUCCUUCUCACUCAAUGGUGGUGUGGAGGUACAUCCAUCGUAAAAUUCCUACUGAUGACUGCUUUCUCAUUCGUGGAUUUUCUAUACCUUCUAUGUGCACUCUAUGUUGCUUCUCUCCGGAAACCGUGGAUCACCUCUUCUUUGGAUCUCUAACUGUCUUGAAAUCCACCAUUGUUGGUAUCUUCUAUCACAUUUGGAGGUCUCGCAACAAGGCUCGGCAGGAGAAUGCAAGUAUACAUUGGAAAUCUUGUUAUACUAUUAGUGCUGCCCAGGCAAAGCUUGUUAGGAACACUACUGGCAACAAAUCAAACUCCUCCAUUACAAGUUUCUCUAUGCUUAAGAGGUUUGAUGUCAACAUAAACCCUCGAAACACAACUACCUCUUUUGAUGUUCUUUGGUCUCCUCCUCUCCAUGGUUGGACUAAGUGCAAUAUCGAUGGAGUAGCUAUUGGCUCUCCUUGGAAAUCAGCUUGUGGUGGUAUUUUUUGGGAUAUUGAAGCUAGGCAUGUUCUCAGUUUCAUCAUUCCUUUGGGUCGUGCACCUCUUGCCAAUGCCGAAUUGCUUGCUACUAUUGUAGCAAUGGAAAAAGCUAUGGAAUUACGAUUAAAUAAAUGUUGGUUGGAAUCAGAUUGCACUCUAGUAGUUAAAGCUUUCUAUAACCAUGCUCUUGUUCCGUGGACUAUCUGA